CAGCCUCCGCAUGGAGGCCCCUGCGGCCGCCGACGCCCCGGUCCCCGCCGAGCUCCCCGCCGCCGCCAAGGACCGGCCCCCAUAGCGGCUCCGGGCCCUCGGAUGGCGUGACGCCUUGUGGGGCCUGCGGGGUGCGCUGCCCCCGGACCUGCGGGGGGAGGCGGCUGAGCUGGCGGCGCUCGCGGGCCCAGUGGUGAGUGCGGCGUCCUCACGCCCAGCCCGACGCCUCCGGAGCGGCCGCCGCGCGGGGGUGGGCGCGGGCUUCCAGGAGGGAGGGCGGCUGUGAACGCGCCUUGCUUUCCGCGCCUCCGCAGUUUCUUGCGCAGUUGAUGAUCUUUCUCAUCAGCCUCGUCAGCUCCAUCUUCUGUGGACAUCUGGGCAAGGUCGAGCUGGACGCUGUCACGCUCGCCGUCACGGUGGGUGCCUGAUUUCGCCCCUGUAGGAGCCGACGGGCGGCCAAGGCUUAGGAUUUGAGCGGUGUCCCCAGGCGCUGUGGCUCACGACUGUAAUCCCAGCGCUUUGGGAGGCCCAGGUGGGAGGAUCGCUUGAGCUCAGGAGUUCGAGACCAGCCUGGGCAGCAUAGCAAGACCCCCGUCUCUACUAAAAAUAGAAAAAUUAUCCCGGCGUGGUGGCACCGUCUAUGGUCCCAGCUACUCGGGAGACUGAAGCAGGAGGAUCGCUUAAGCCCAGCAGAUGGAGGCUGCAGUGAGCUGAGACCGCACCACUGCACCCCAGCCUUGGCAACAGAGCAAGACCCUGUCUCAAAAACAAACACACAGGGCGGGGCGCGGUGGCUAACGCCUGUAAUCCCAGCCAGCACUUUGGGAGGCCGAGGUAGGCGGAUCACCUGAGGUCAGGAGUUUGAGACCAGCCUGGCCAACAUGGGAAGACACCGUCUCUACUAAAAAUACAAAAAUUAGCCGGGUGUGGUGGCACGGGCCUGUAAUCCCAGCUACUUGGGAGGCUGAGGCACGAGAACCGCUGGAACCCAGGGGCCUGAGGUUGCAGUGAGCCGGAAUUGUGCCACUGCACUCCCGCCUGGGUAACAGAAGGAGACUCCAUCGCAAAAAAAAAAAAAAAAAAAAAGGAAAGAAAAAAAAAUCAAUUUGAAUUGUAUCAUGUCUUAUGCAUCUUCCUUUACAGGUCUGGGACUGACCUGUGGCUUACCAUUACCUGAUUAGAUUUGGAAGGAGCUCGUGUCAAUACUUAGAAGAGUGUAAAACUGAAAUAACUGCACUUUUUUCUAUUAUGAAAUUAAAUCAGGAGACUUUUAGGUAAUUUAGGUUGUUUGCCAUUAAUUGGAUUACACAGUACAUUCAGCUCCCACCCUUUCACCCUUGUGGAAAAGCCUCUCCCAUGGAUUGAAAUCACACCUCCUGGGACGUCUCUUCCCUGGCUUUUGUUAGUGAUGUGGAAAGUUGUUUCUUCCUGCAUUUCAUCCAGGCUUUCAGAGAAAGUGCAAAACACUUCUGCUGGUGAUGGUAGGCGGCUUUCCCUAGUCUCAGAAAAUGUCCCCUCUGUCCCCGUGAGAUGGGUACACACCCUAAGAACACGGAGGGCCACCGGAGCUUCUCAUUCAGCUACAUGGGAGCGAAGACCUUGCCAGGUGGAAUCAGUCAUACAUUUUAUUUACAGGCUGGGUGUGGUGGCUCACGUCUAUAGUAAUCCCAGCACUUUGGGAGGCUGAGGCAGGAGGAUUGCUUGAGCCCAGGAGUUUGAGGUUACAGCGAGCUAUGAUGGUGCCAUUCUACUCCAGUCUGGGCAUCAGAGCAAGACCCUGUCUCUAAAAAGAUAGCCCAAAUUUAUGUGCCGAUUUUCAUUCCUGCCCUUCCUGUAAGUUUCAAGGCUGUUGUGUCUCACUACAUGAAGCAGCUCACAUGUGUCGCCCUGCGCAUGCCCCUUCCCCCGGCUCUUGUUUCUCCAUCUUGGUGCAGUUCAUGCCAAAAGCCCGACAUGUAUUUCUUGGCCCUGUCGUCCCUCCCUUGCUGACUCUCAGGACAUGUACCACUCUGGUGUCCAGUAGCUUAAAUUAAAGACAAAGAUUGGGCCAGGCACGGAGGCUCAUGCCUGUAAUCCCAGCACUUUGGGAUGCUGAGGCAGGUGGAUCGCGAGGUCAGGAGAUCCAGACCAUCCUGGCUAACAUGGUGAAACCCCGUCUCUACUAAUAAUACAAAAAAUUAGCCGGGCGUGGUGGCACGCACCUGUAGUCCCAGCUACUCGGGAGGCUGAGGCAGGAGAAUGGCGUGAACCCAGAAGGUGAAGCGUGCAGUGAGCCCAGAUCGUGCCACUGCACUACAGCCUGGGCGACUGAGCAAGACUCUGUCUCAAAAAAAAAAAAAAAAAAAAGACAAAGAUUGAUGAGGGGAAGACAUUUCCUUCCUGAUUCCUUGUUCUAUGGUUAUUUUUGAUUGCAAAUCAACCAGAAUGUUUCUGGAUCAUCUAGGAUUUGGGGAGUGCUGCAUUCGGGCACCCUCGGAGCCGUUCGAAAUGUCAAGACGGUGGCUUCUGCCUCAGCCAGUUGGAAUCGGCCUGUGUCAGUUCUUCAGGGAGUACAUCUUUUAUCCACUCUGGAAAAUUCCAAAUAGUGCCCUAGCAUUGUCUCAUGCAGCAUUCUUGUUCCAGCUGCAGACAAGAUAUUUACAAAGUCAGGGCAUCAGCAUGCCUCAAGUUAUUACCAGGAUUGCAGCUAAUGUCAUCAACGUGGGCAUGAAUGCCCUCUUGCUGUAUGCCCUGGACUUCAGAGUGGUGUUGGACGAGGGAGUGCUUCCAGGAGUGGGGCUCCUACAUCCACCUGGUUAUUCCCAGUAUGUUCAUGGUGUGCACUGAGCAGUGGACCUUUGAGAUCGGAAACUUCCUUGCAGGACUGAUUGACGUGAUGGAGCUCGGCACUCAGGGCAUCAUCUGUGAGCUGGCGUCAGUGGCCUACAUGCAGAUGUGCACCAUGGGAAGGGAGGAACCAGGCAGCACAAGUGAGAGAGGACAGUGCAGUGUGGACAGCAUGGAUGGGGGCCAGACACACGGAGAGAUAUUACUUCCCUUGUGAGCCAAGUGAUACCUAUUUUUGCCCCUUUUCAUCUAUUUGAUGCACUUGCAGGCGCCUGUGGUGGAGUCCUGAGAGGUACAGGAAAACAAAACAUUGGCGCUAUCUUGAAUGCCAUUGGGUACUAUGUCUUUGGUUUUCCCAUUGGAGUAUCUCUGAUGUUAGCUACUAAACUCAGGAUAAUAGGUAUGUGUUUGAGUCCUGUGACUUGUCUCAAAUCUCACUUGUCAUAUUAAGAUAAACUGCUUGAGAUAUAAAACAACUGACUCCAGCCCCACUGGAAACAAGAAAACAAAAUAACUCUUUAAAAAAAGCAAUCAACUAGAAAGUUGCCCUUGUGUUAAUAGGAAAAAUUAUUUUCUCCCCCAAUAUUUAUUGGGUGCCUCCUCCACACAAAUACACUGGAAAUGCAAUGGCAAACAAAAUAAACAUGGUCCUGCCCUCUGAAUGAGGGCCAGAUUCAAUACUUAUUUAUACAAUUGUCAAUACCUGUUGGUUAAGCAUUGCAAAAGAGAAGAAGAGGGCACUGCUCUUCUCUUUUUUCCGGCAUAAUGCCUCUAGUAGUACAGUAAGUUGUGGUAAAAGUGGAAAUUCUUGUCUUAUUCAUUACUUUAGUGAUAGUGCUGCCAGUGUUCCUCUACUAAAUGGUAUGCUGGAUUUGAGGUUGAAAUACACGCACACGGCCAGGCGCAGUGGCUCACGCCUGUAAUCCCAGCACUUUGGGAGGCCGAGGUGGGUGGAUCAUGAGGUUAGGCGUUUGAGAUCAGCCUGGCCAACACAGUGAAACCCUGUCUCUACUAAAAAUACAAAAAAUUAGCCAGGCCUGGUGGUGGCGCCUGUAAUCCCAGCUACUGGGGAGGCUGAGGCAGGAGAAUUGCUUGAACCUGGGAGGCAGAGGUUGCAUUGGGCCGAGAUCGUGCCAUUGCACUCCAGCCUGGGUGACAGUGUGAGACUCUGUCUCAAAAAAAACCAAAAAACAAAAAACAAAAAAAUGCACACACACACACACACACAACUAUGAAUGUAUGUGCUCGUGUUUUUUGAAAUCAUGUUCAGGAAAUGUCCAUGAAGUCUAUUUUAUUGAAACAAAAAUAGUUGAGCAUUUUGCCAGAUGCCUUUUUAGUGCUAUCAGAAAUGAUUCUAUAAUUUUUCUCCUUAGGUCUAUCAUGAAGAUAAAUACUAUUAAUUGGUGUCCUCAUAUUGAACUAUCCUGAUUAUGAUAUCUUGUUUUUUAUUGAACUCCUACACUUUUUAAAUAUUUUAUUAAAAAAUUUUGCACUAAAAUUUAUAAGUAAGAUUGGUCUGUAAUUCUAUUUUUUGUGUAUCUUUGUUAGGUUUUGAUAUUAAUGAUAUUAAUGUUAUACUCACUUCUUAAAGAUAAUUAAAAAUUUUACCUUUUUGUGUGCCUCAGGACAAUUUAAGUAGUAUAAGAAUUCUCUGUUUUAUAAAGGUUUGGUGUAAUUCUUCCAUGAAACUGCCAUGACCUGGCAUUUUGAAGUAGUUUAUUCUUUGUACAGCUUUCUCAAUUUCUUCUCAGUCUAUUAAGACUUUCUUUUAUUGUGUCAACAUGGGUAAGUUAUAUUUUUUAAGGAAAUUAUCCACUUUAUUGAGGUUCUAAAUGUAAAGAAUUGUGCAAAUUAACUUAUGUGCUUUUGGGAUAAGUUGUUAUAUAUGUGUUUCGCAUAUAUGUCCACAUCUUCAUUUUCUACAGAUUUAGCAACAAUGAAUUUCAUUUUGUUUUUAAAAAGUCUAACUAGAAAAUGGAAUGAGUCCUGUAAUAUGUACUCAAAUAACUCCUUUUGUUCUGUAUCCAACCAGUGCAUUACUUUUACUAGGUAAAAACUCUGAUUCUGUCACCAUUUCUUUGUGAAGUAUUAGUCUUACAGCUGUCACAAGAACUUUGUGUCAACACAAACACAGCGGCUGUUUCUUAUCGUCUUUUUGGAAAUGUCAUCUGGUGGAUUAAUGAGUCUCUGGUCUGGAUUGAUAGUUUGUGUCUUCUUUCAAGCCCUUUUCUAUCUGGUGUACAUCUUGAGGAUAAACUGGAACAAAGUUGUGGAGCAGGCACAGGUUCAAGCUGGACUAAAAGGGAAUAAAGAGACCAUGCCUACCUCCUCAGAUCUACCUAUCUUGGGAAGAGAAGUAACUGAUGGAAUCAUUUUGCCUGAUAUCAUCAGACCAGAGAGCCAGACCCCUCGACUGAUGAGACCAGAAGAAAACACCCAGUAUGCAAUGUCCACCGCUGGAGAGGUCCUGACAGUGAGGCAGCUGAUAUUCUAUCAUGGAAUGGCUUUAGCUCUUGCUGUCACUUUCCUUUCAGCAGGAAUUUUCAUUAAGAGUUUUCAAUGACCAUGGCUAAAAUGGUAGAAUUACCACCAUUCUACAAACUAGAAAUGAUAAUUAUAUGCCAUAUGUUAAGUAUGAAAGGUGACCUUGUUAUUUGGACAGUUUUUACUCUUAACUGUGGAUGGAAAGAAUAUCAGGGAUGUUUCCUUGGUUAUUCCAAGGAAUUGCACUAUCCUAUUGCAGAUCAAGAAAGGGGCUAUAAUUUUAAGUAAAGUUUUCCCUGUUAAUUUUAUCAUGGUUUCUAAAUAUACAAAUUAGAUUUUCCUUGAUGUAAAGGUUACUUACUCUUUCUUAUUUAAAACAUCUUUCUUCUCCUGGGGAGUGGUUCAUAGUCCUGUAAAAUAUUAUUGCUGAUCUAUUUUCUUUGUAUUUCUCUAUGAAUGUACUUAACCUUGUCAGUGAGUGUAUAUUAAGUGCUUGUUCAAGUCCUAUCUCAGGUAUUGCCAUAUAAGCUUUUAUAAAAUGGAACCUCUUAAAAUUUACAAUGUAUGCUGACAAUAUUUGGAGCUAUACAGUCAAUAUAAAGGAUUAACUUUUA